AAGGAAGGAAGGAAGGAAGGAAGUGCCGAGAGACGCCAAAAUUUCACGAUAUGAAAGGUUAUUCCUUAGACACAGACACAAACGUUCCUCUCUCUCUCUCUCUCUAGUGACUGGGUGACGCACCAGCAUGCAGAAGUUGGUGGUUCAGGCACUUGCCAUGAGGCAGCUCGGACGGUUGAACCCUCGCCACUUGCUGGCCGCUGGGUACGGACUGAGUCAGACUGAAUGGUGUCCCAGGACCAUACACACACGGCAGCUGUGGGGCUGCUCGGCUUUCCCUUCACACGGAUGUCAAAGACCUGCUCUCCGUGCCAGAGACGCCGUCAGAAAUUGGUCCGUCCACCAUCUGAGGUUCAAAAGCAGAAAGAGAAGUCCUGGAAAAAAGACACAAGAUGAGGAGGAAGAGGAUGAGGAGGAGGAGGAGGAAGAUGACGUCUAUGAAGCCAGAGACUAUGAAGAAAAGACAGAUGAGGACCCAGAUACGUUAAAAGACUACAAAGACGUGGAGAAAAGUAUGCCGUCCUUUCGCUAUGAUGUCGUGCUGAAAACUGGGCUGGACAUGUCACGCAAUAAAAUUGAGGAUGCAUUCUACAGCAACAGCCUCAGACUAAAUGGACAGAGACUCAUCAAGAAAAGCAAAUCGGUCAAAGUCGGGGACACCUUAGACCUGGUACUGACACAGAACCUAGAAAAAAACACAGUUACUGUUAUGAGGGUCAUCCUUAAACAGGUUUUGGGAGAAACCAGAAAUGCUGAGAAAUACAGAGUUGUACUGAGACGUUGGAAAACUAAAGAGUUUCCGCUGGAUGAGGUGUUCAAAUCGUGAAUUUGCCUUGGACAAUAUUGACUGCAAUACCACUGUGCAGUGAAGGCAACCCCCCCCACCCCAUAUGAUCGAUAUUGACCUCCAGUUUGACCUUUAAAGCAGUUUCACUAAUGCAUCAUGAAAACCUGAACUUAUGAACAGCUGUAGUUAUUUUCAAUGUUUACCGUUUGCCGCUGUACUCAGUUCAUCAAUAAAGCUGUAAUCUGAA